AUGGUGGUGGCUCAGCCUUCUCGUUCUGGUUCCUCCGGUGGUGGUGGAGGGAUGACCAAUAUUGCUAGCUUCGGUCUCCAUGUCGUCACAGGGCGGUGGUUCAUGGUGUUCGCCUGCCUUCUCAUCAUGUCAGUCGCCGGAGCUACUUACAUAUUUGCUAUAUACUCCGGCGACAUCAAAUCCUCCCUUGGGUAUGAUCAAAGCACCCUUAAUCUCCUUAGCACUUUCAAAGACUUGGGUGGCAAUGUUGGAAUCAUCUCCGGGUUAAUUAACGAAAUCUCACCACCGUGGGUGGUGCUCCUCCUUGGCGCCGGCAUGAACUUCUGUGGGUACUUCAUGAUUUGGCUGGCAGUCACCGGAAAGAUCGCAAAACCACCGGUUUGGCAAAUGUGUUUGUUCAUUUGCAUAGGUGCAAACUCACAAACAUUUGCUAAUACAGGAGCUUUAGUCACUUGUGUACAAAACUUCCCAGAAAGUCGUGGGGUGGUUUUGGGACUUUUGAAGGGUUUUGUAGGGUUAAGUGGCGCGAUUAUCACUCAACUAUAUAAUGGCUUUUAUGGGCAUGAUCCAAGAUCACUUAUCUUGUUCAUCGGAUGGCUUCCAGCAGCUGUCUCCAUAGUUUUUCUUCGAAUUGUUAGAAUCUUGAAGGUUGUUCAACAGUCAAAUGAGCUAAAAACUUUCUAUAAUUUUUUAUAUAUUUCAUUAGGGUUAGCAGGGUUUCUUAUGAUUAUAAUCAUAACUCAUAACAAGCUACACUUUUCGGAGGCAGAGUAUGCUGCCACAGCUUCCGUUGUUGUGGUUCUACUCUUUGCCCCUAUUGGUAUCGUGUUCAAGGAAGAAUUCAAGCUUUGGAAAAAGAAUCAGGAGGUGGUUCAUCAUCAUUUUCCGGUGAAGGUAAUAACCGAGAAUCCAACCACAAGGAAUGACCUUGUCACGCCACCGCCACCACCGCCGGAGAAAGAAGUUUCUUGCUGGAAAACCGUUUUUGCUCCACCGGAAAGAGGAGAUGAUUUCACUAUCUUACAAGCGGUUUUUAGUAUCGACAUGUUGAUACUAUUCACCACCACCACCUUCGGCGUUGGCGGCACUUUGACGGCGAUUGACAACCUGGGUCAAAUCGGGCGGUCUCUCGGGUACCCAAGUACGAGUAUCACCACCUUCGUGUCUCUCGUGAGUAUUUGGAAUUAUCUGGGUCGGGUCACAUCCGGUUUUCUUUCGGAAAUCCUUUUAGCAAGGUAUAAAUUUCCACGCCCAUUAAUGCUCACAAUCGUCCUUUGUGUUUCUUGUGUGGGACAUGUCAUAAUUGCCAUGGGAGUACCAAAUGGGCUCUACGUUUCAUCGAUCAUAAUGGGUUUUUGUUUUGGAGCUCAAUGGCCAUUGAUUUUCGCAAUCAUAUCUGAAAUAUUCGGGUUGAAAUACUACUCUACUUUGUACAAUUUGGGUGGUGGCGCAAGCCCCGUCGGAGCUUACAUCCUUAAUGUGGUGGUCGCCGGUGCACUUUAUGACAAAGAGGCAGAAAGACAAAUGAAAGCGAAGGGAUUAGAACGAGAACAUGGGAAAGAUCUAACGUGUACAGGAGUUGACUGUUAUAAAUUGUCUUUCCUUGUUAUAACUGGUGCGACAGUUUUUGCAGCUUUUAUUUCGUUUAUUUUAGUGAUAAGAACAAGAAAAUUCUACCGAAGUGAUAUCUACAAGAAGUUUCGGGAGGCAAGAGAGGCGGCAACCGCUCAUACUGAGAUGGUGGUGUCACCGGUAACCACCGUAGAACCACCGAUGCCAUCACAACCACCUCCACUGGAAAGAAAGAGAACGGAAGAAGACGUAAGUUGA